AUGACUGAGAGUAGCUCCAUGACCGGUCCUAUGACACUGCUACCUUUGUUGAGGGCCAUGGAACUGGAGCACCUUGAUCCAGUCGAGGCAGGCGCCUUUGCAGCAGUCAUCGGUGUCAAUCGCUCGCCGGAAGAUCCGCUGUACAUCGGAUCGGUGAAGUCAAACUUCGGACAUCUCGAAGGUGCGAGUGGCAUCAAUGCCAUGAUCAAAGCUUUACUCAUGCUCGAGCAUGAUGUUCUACUGCCGAAUGCCGACUUUCGAGAGAUGGCGGCCAACAUAGAGUACUACAAGAAACUAUUCUUUGGCCAGGGAUCAAGAAGCGACGGAUAUGUUUGA